UCAACUUAAGAAGGAAAUGGCAUUAAAAAGACAGAUUUAGUGGGUGUAUUUUAAAGUAAUAGUUGGUCAUUUUGGCAGCGUGGUUUUGUUUUCUGCAGCUUUAGGUUGGAUACAGUCAGUAAUGUCAAGUUACUAGUGUCUGAAGUCACCAUGCUAACAGUAAUGCUAACAGCAAACUACGUAUGCCAGGGUUAGGCCUUAUAGUGCCAUGGGGGGCUGACGGUCCACAUGUUUCCAUUCCAACCAAAUAUGGAAACAUCUUGAGCAACAGUUCAGGAAUAUAAUGUAUAUAAUUUACACCAGUCUAAAUAUUACCACUAUGACUGUAUCUUGGCUGCACAUCACUUUAGUCACAGUCACAGUCCCUGCUACAUAUGGGCUAAAAUAAAGUAACUGCAAGAAGAAAUAAUUCAGGGGUUUGGAAGUGGUGUUGUGUAACAUUGAGUGAAUAAAACCUUCCAAAUGAACCCUGCAGAAGGUCGAUGCCAUGUAAGCGUGUAAUUCAGUCGGUCCCGUCAGCGUCAGUGGGUGUGGCCAGGUUUUACAAGCCAAGCUCAUUUCCUUCAGUGUACACCACUUGUGUUGAUGUGUUCUGUGUUUAAUCUGUCUGUGUCACUCUAUUUUUCUCUCUAUCUGUCUCCCAAUGCGAUGCACUGGGGCAGUGACGGGAGUCCCAGGUUACUUGUCAGUGCCUCGCAAGAUGGGAAGCUGAUCAUCUGGGACAGCUACACAACAAAUAAGAUGCAUGCUAUUCCUCUGCGCUCAUCCUGGGUGAUGACAUGCGCCUAUGCCCCUUCUGGGAACUACGUGGCCUGUGGAGGCCUGGACAACAUUUGCUCCAUAUACAGCUUAAAGACCCGUGAGGGGAACGUGCGUGUCACCAGAGAGUUGCCUGGACACACAGGAUAUUUGUCUUGCUGUCGUUUUUUGGAUGACAACCAAAUCCUGACGAGCUCUGGGGACACCACCUGUGCAUUGUGGGACAUAGAGACGGGCCAGCAGGCUACAGUCUUCACUGGCCACACGGGUGAUGUCAUGAGCUUGUCUCUAAGUCCAGACUACAAGACCUUUGUGUCAGGAGCCUGUGAUGCCACCUCCAAGCUGUGGGACAUCCGCGAUGGCAUGUGCAGACAAUCCUUCACUGGACAUGUGUCUGACAUCAACGCCGUCAGCUUUUUCCCCAAUGGGAAUGCCUUUGGCACUGGCUCGGAUGAUGCCACAUGCAGACUUUUUGACCUGCGUGCUGACCAGGAGCUGAUGAUGUACAGCCACGACAACAUCAUCUGCGGCAUCACCUCCGUGGCUUUCUCCAAGAGUGGCCGCCUGCUCCUGGCUGGGUAUGAUGACUUCAACUGCAACGUCUGGGACACUCUGAAAGGCGAUCGUGCAGGUGUACUAGCAGGCCACGACAACAGAGUGAGCUGCUUGGGAGUGACAGAAGAUGGCAUGGCUGUGGCCACCGGCUCCUGGGACAGUUUCCUCCGGAUCUGGAACUAAGCAAACCUCUUCCUCGUUGUACUCAAUCACUGCCCGCCAACCUUUCCCCUGCAGCCCCUCCCUCCAUAUCCCACCUCAACUGCUGGGCUGGACCUGAGGGUGCACACUGUGUCAGCCAAAAUCCUCACCCCCAGUUCUUCGCUCUUCACUGGCGGUCAGCCCACCUGUGAUAAAGUAACAACUCUUUAUAACUUUCAAGAUGACUUUUUUUCCACCCAGCCAUUAGACAGCAACAAAAAUAAUACGCUCUGAGUAGAUUUGUUCAAUCAGAAUUUAAUUUAGGAGUUACAGGAAUAAAGAAGAUUUAGUCCAUAUACCGGUUCACCGCUAGGGGGCAGUAAAGAGCAAUUGCUACUAUGACUAACAAGCAAAAUGACGGUGUUUAUUAUGUAAAUGUAAAUGUAAAGACAGUAUAUAUGUAUAGCAUUAUGUGUGUAUAUAUGCAUCAUAUAUGCAUAUAUAAUGUGUAUGUAUAUAUUUUUGUUGUUUAUUUCCCACCCUACAGUUUUUAUAUAUAAUUUUGGGGGGUUUGUUUAAUUUCAGGUGCACAUAUUCACAUUACUACAUCACAUAAUUGCAGAAACUUACUUUAUGAGGGUUAAAUUUGAUAGAUAAAUUGGACACAGCCCCAUAUUAUUUUUACCUAAAUUGACUUUUUAUUAUUUGUUUUUUUUCUUUUAUUUUUCAACUUAGUCAAACUCAUCAGGCAACAAAAACAGACUUUUGCAAGUUAGUAAAACAAUUUAAACACCGUUUGCCUCCACUGAGCACGCUUUACGCACUUUUGUGUGUGUAUUGUGCUUACAUGCAGUAGGCAUAACUCAUACUGGGCAUAGUGUAACUUCUUGAGUGUUUUUUUGUGUGAAUAUGUUGUCGUUUUGGUUUUCUUUAACACAAGCCCCAGUAUUCCUUAUCACAUUCUGUUUGUUCCGAAGGAGAGUUACACUGCUGUGCUUAGAAGUUUCUAUGAUUAUAGAUCAGUAUCAGUAGAGCUUCACAACCAACAAGCUGUGUUUAAGUUAUUAGCUCCAAAGCGGAAACCAGUAAAUCUAGGAUAUGAUAGAAAACUUUAUUUUAUUGGAGGCUCUACUUUGGCCUCUACUCAAGUGGAUUGUGAGUUCAUAUCAUCGGAUGCUUAAUAUCUGAAGACCACAGCCAUUCCAUGCAAAUCAGCAGCUGUGGAAAAUGAUCGAUGACUCUUCCUGGAGUCACAUCCCUGUCUCCUGGGACCUGUGAGAUCUACAUCUUUCCCUAUACUUGGGAAGUGUCUCAUGUUGCCCAUAUGAAUGACACUGAUGGAGCAAAAGUGUACUGUGAAGAGAGAGACAUGUUCUCCCCAUGCAGAAGCUGUUCUUUACCUGUAAUGGCACUGAUGCAUGUAUGGGCAAAUGUGAGGAUGUAGUAAUGGAGCCUAAAGGAUGGGGUGGACUUUUUUGAGCAGCCUCUGAGGACGGGAGAAACGCUGAAGAGAGAAAGAUGUGUGUCAGAGCUUGCCGAGUCCUUUUGCUUUUUACAAAAUGAAUCAGUGAGUCCUUUUUUGUUGGUGUGAACUGAGUGACCACAUGGAACUGGAAUCAUGUGAGCAACUCGCUAAAUCAAAGCAGUGCACCACAAGCCUGUAAAAGAAAACACAAAAGGAUUUUAUAUGUUUUAAUGCCUUUUAGCUACUCAUUGUUCUUUCUCACCAAAAACAGGUUAUGAACUGUUAAUAUUGCUACUGAAGAAAGUUCACUUGGUUGACAGAAAUGUACACGUAGUAGAGCGCUAGAGAUGCAUUCACAAACUGUAGUACAAAUGUAAACCAUUAGGCACACACCUAUUUACCUGUAGAGGUGGCAAUUCUAAUUUACUUUUUUGUCAUCAUACCCCUACUGUUACUUUUGGUUCCUCUAAAUGUUUAAUAUUUUAAAAUCAAUACGUAUGUGUGUGAGUUGGACCUAUCCAUCUGCUGUCUCAGGUGCCUAUCUCUAAAUACAGUAUACACACGUAACCCACAUGGGCUGGUUCAAGGGAGGGUUAGUCCUCCUGCGAGAUGUGGCACUACUGUGUCUCCAUUCUGCCUUACAAUACCAUUCAAACCAUAAGGUAAUACUAGCGUCGACUACAGUAAUGUUUCCUCCUCCUAUUUCUUUUCCACCGUGAUCAGUCGAAUGGGUUGCUCUCUUUCUUUUCCAAAUAGAAGCACAUUCUGAUACUAGUGAACACUAAAAAGCAUGCUUAUAAGAAACCAACACAACCACAUGCAGCUCCCUACUGCUUCUCAAAGCAGGUGUUUUACAUCGCCUUUUAUACAGUUGUGCUUUCUACUACUGCCGUACCGUCUGUAGUGUUAUUACGGUUCAGUCAGCUGUCUAUGAAACCCCUCGUUGACAUACAGUGAUUCUAGUGACUUGUUUCUUUUUUUCUCGCUGCUUCUUUCUGGCUUUGCAUUAAUGGAUCCAUUUUGAGCGAUUGUUAAACUUAACGGUUAUAGUUUUCAGCCUGAGAAUAUCUGUGUGUGUGUGUGUGUGUGUGUGCGUGCGUGGGGCAGAUGUACGUGGAUAACGUAUCAAUCUAAGUGUUACUUCCUUAUUUGUGCCAAUGUUAUCCACAGACCCUGAGCUGUGAAAUGAAAACUAAUCAAUGUGACAAAAAACGUGUAAUCUCACUUUACACAAGUGCCAGCCUUCUCCACCUCCAUCGGUCACAUCUUUGUCUGAUUGAUUUUUUUUUUUAAAGCUGUCUGUCUGAUCAAAGUGGACUGCUCAUAUCUGAAUGUUUUUAUUUUUUAGCUUGACAGGUUUUUUCGGACUUUGUCUGGUCCAUUCAGUGAACACCACAUGUUUAUACCAAUUAGAUGAAGUCCAUAAGUGACUUAUUAGCCUACUAGAAGUGUUGACUACUGUCAUUAAAGUGUCGAUAUUUUAAACGCUUGGAACAAAGGGUAAACACGUUCACUUGUACCUUUGUGCUCUUGUCGUAACAUUUGCAAAACCUUCCAAGAGUCAGUCAGGACAUGUUAUGUUCAAGUCUUAGCUCAAACUAAAUAUAAUCAAUAUCGGGAAAAUGUCUGUGCGUUGAGCUUGAACUGCCUUGACGACACAAACCACAAGUAACAACCUGCCCAAUCAAAUAAACAACGUGGCUGCUAGUUAGCUUAGCACAGGGAGAAUGAACAAUAUGGCCGCAAACAUCUGAGGCACAGUAAUUAACUCUUCAUCUCAAAAGCUAAAAAUGUACUACAUUAGAUUGUUUUAGCAAACGUUGGUCAAUAUUUAACAAGAUGUUGCCUGGUAAUGAGUGGUCGUUGGAGUACUUGUAAAAAGGACACUUUGCUGUUGAUACAUGAUGAGCUUUCUGUUAGGCUAAGCUAACUGGCAGCUAGCAGUUCCAAGAGUUGUCGGCAGAUUUCCUUUCCAAAUGUAUUAUAGUCAACCCAUGUUCACGUUCAUAUUCCAUUAUGAGCUGUGUUAAAAUAAAGAUUAAAAAAAACAAGCCACCAUAGCCUCUAACAGCUGAAAAGGGGGUCGUCCGUGUUACUGACGGUGGUAAUUAGCAGGCAGCCAUUUUGCUUGUGUGUAACUCAGCGGUAUUAGCAGCUGGAACCUGGACAGUACCUGAACACUUGUGUGCGCCUGCGCAGUUCACUCGUCUUAGUGGCGCAGGCUCAGUCCAAAGGUGCUUGACUUCAUUUACCUUCACACGUUAAAUCUCCUCGUUGGAUGUGCGUGUCCGACGCCGCAACAAAUAAACGGUUCAUAUUUUGGUGUUCAGGCAGUGAUAUGAAGAUUAUUUGAACAAGUCACGUUUAUUCCUCACUAUGACAAAUAGUUUUGUGUUUUUGAUAAGCAGUUAUCGUAUGAGGAGAUUAAUCUGGUUGCAUCACAUGACCACAGCACCAUCACCAACAAAGCACUGCCCUUUGACUCUACAACCUACUUUAGUUUCGUUUUAUUUAUUGUUUUUAAGCCAGUAAAGACCAGGGACUUGGUGCCAUGAUAAUUCUCUUACAGUGCUAUUGUGUGAAAUUAUAAUCACUUGUUAUGGAAUAAUUUUUAUAGUCUUUUUCACACCAGAUCUUUUUUUUUUGUAUUUGUACAGUGGCUUGGUGAUACUGAUAUGUUGCCAUGAGUUAUUGUAACCAAUAAAAGAGCUUUUAACCAAGA